GUUCAGCCUUAUCUGUAUCACAGCUUCUUCAUCAUCUUCUCCUUCCCCUCAACAAACCACAACACGUGUGGUUGAAAUCCCAUUUAGCAAAAACUUUUCUUACCCCUUACAGGUGUUUUUUUUUAAUGAUAGAUAUUUUUUCUUGCAUCAGUUAGGGAUGAACCUUAACGCCCUUUUAGCCGCCAGUGUUCUGGCACUGCCUGCUUCGUCGCUUUUGAUCGCACCUCCCGCUAUUCGUGAGGUCAACGGCCAACCCCAGGCGCUGAAUGAGCGGAACGCCAAUAGGCUUGAAUUGAAUGCCAGAUGUGUUGAGUGCCCAUUCCCCCAGGUCACCGGUGAGAAGGCAGUUGUCUGGGACGAUGGGUUUGAUAGCUUCCUUAGCCUCAACUUCACUACUGAAGACGGUCGGCUACUUUUGAACGGGGAACAAAUGUAUCCCAUGCUCACCCCUCCUGCUAGCAUCGCAACCAUUCUAUACCGUCCUUCCGACGGCAAAACAUCUUUCCCUUUGUCAGUCGGCUAUGUUUUCGAACGCCUCGCGCAACAGUAUUCAGCUGACAGGAGCGGUGCUGAACUACUUCUCUUCAACUUCAUGGUCAUCGACAUUGCCGGAUUCCCCGCUCCCGUGGAUGCUGUCAGCCUCCGUGUGAUCAAGCUGCCGCAUGGUGACCUAUUCGUAAUUGGUGUGGAUACCGAACCGGCAAACCCGACCGCAUCGUGGCGCCAGUGCCGAAGAAAUGCCAAGUGCUUGAAGAAGCUCCUUAUCUCUCGCCUCCGUGCAAUUCUAUCAUCUGCGUUCUCCAGAGCUAUGAACGCUGCAAAGAAGAUCAAGGGAUGCGUUGGCCGAAGACCCACAAAGGGCAUGGCCUCCAAGACCGGAAAACCUCACCACGGUUCCAAGGGUGGCUCAUUUGCCCAUGCGUUUGCUCGGGCUCUUCACGGUUUUGUCGUUCCUGCCCUCCUUGGCCUGUUUGCAGGCCUCUUUGCUUGCAUUGUGGGCGUCAUCGUUGGACAAGGAAUCGCAGCCUUAUGGGCCCGAUAUCGCCGCUCUUCGACAAGCUGUAACAAUGCACGUGUUGAGCACGGCAAUGACCUCGAGAAAAAGCCAUUGUUCGGCGCCGAGGAAAAUGAUCUCCCCCCGCAGUAUGAGAAAGAGGACCAGCGAGACAUUACUAUCCCAGCAGAAAAGGAGUAGAAAUGUUAUGAUCGCUUGGGGAUGUGUUGACCCAGCUGCGCAAUGCGGAUGCGGAUGGGCCAUCGAGAAUAGAGCAGUGAUGCAUGAGGGGAUUCUACUUUGUUUCUUAUUUGAUUGAAUGUCUCGCUCAGACAGCUAGAACUGAAAAUUGAUGUAAAUUUUACCAACCACGCCCACUCACUGGGCAUUUCUGAUCUCCUUUGUCACUUCUCCUUCCCAUUUGUCUUUGCCACAGUCGGUCGAGCCCUGGUUGUGUUUUGUGCUUUAUCAGCCCCUAACUUUUUU